AAAUGUUAUCUUAUAUAUACAAGGCUUGCAUACCGGGUAGAUAUAAGACCGGCAGGGGUAAGACAUCAUCUAAUUGAAAACUGAAGUGUCGAUACUUCACUGAUUUUAAGUUCCUCUUGAGUUCUAUGUAAACAGUUCACUGUGACAACUUCUAAAGCCACUGUUUCAUAUCUGUUCAGUGUCCAAGACUUUCAUUUUGCAAUUUUUUCUACCAUUAUUAAACUUUUAGUUUUUGGUUUCAUUCAUGACUUUAAUCAGGCUUCUGGUUGGAUGGGAACAGAUAUAGAUCAAGUGAAGGGGAUAUAUUGUUGAUUUGAUGUGGAUUUAAAGGUUGAAUUCUUCCUGGAUUAGCUUUCUGAUAGAUAGUUGUGAUUUAUGAUCCAAUUUUAAAUGUUUGUAAAUCUGAAAGUAUUGUAUUUUCUGUAGUCUGUUUGCAAUAGUGAUUCUUCUAUGAGUGGAAAGAUAUUGAUACUCGAAUCUAAAAGACAGUGUUGCCAGUCUGGAAGGGAAUGUAGAAGAGCGACCCUAAGGUCACCACAGCAACGCAAUGGCCUAACGCUCCAUGAAGUAGCUCCAUGGCAACAGUGUUCAUGAACAGACACCAGGGCAGCAUGAGGUUCACAAAUAACAGCACACUGAGCGACGACGAGGACGGUGUGCAGUCAGGGUCAGCCACAGGCUUUUCUGAUGGUGAGAGGGAGGAGAGGCCCAACCCACAGACCAGGGGCACAAAACGUGCCGCCAACGCAUUUGACCCUGUCACACAGAUAUUGGACAAGAUCGAUGCAGAGCUAGUAUCCCUCACACGCUCUCAAGGGAGCAGCAGCACAGCUACAACAGCAACAGACAACACAGUAAUACAUCGACCUGGCAGUCGGGGUAGCUCCAGUCUCGAGAAUGGAAGGCUAGAGAAUGGGGAUGAACUCUCCAUCAGCCAGCUAGGUCCCUCUUCCAACUUCAAGCCAUCCAUGUCCCAGCAGAGUUCUGGAUCCCGUUAUACAGGGAGUUCAGACCGGGACACAGGCAUUGGAACGGGAACCAACAGUCUCUACGACAGCAAGCACAGGGAACCAGACCUGAGGCCCCUAGAACCAGGGGACAACUACAGGGAUCGUGGAGGAAGAGGAGGCGCACAUCGGCGGGCAGGCUCUGCCCCGGGCACCACCACAGAAAUGGCUUUCCUGAACGGACAACACCUCAGUGAUGACGACAAGCGGGAGCAGCAGGCCAACAUGCCGCUACAUGCAAAACAGGUCGAUGACAAGUUCCGGGAAAUACUCCAGAAACGCAAAAAUGGUCGUGUUUCGGACAAUGAGGAUACCCAGACAAUCAGGACAGAGGACUUUGCAGACCAGUUCCAGGACACCAUGGUCUAUGGCUCAGCGGAUGAAGCUGAGAGGAUCCGUAAUCUUGAGGAUGAUCUUCAGAGUGAUGGGGGAUCGGACACAGACACGCUCCAGUGCACACUGGCCAAGCUCUCCCGUACCCCCCUCCCCGCCCUCACCAAGCGCAGGGCCGACAAACAUUCUAGCAAACCCAGCCCCAGAGUUGCAGGACCUGGGUAUCCACCUAUCUACCCAAAGCCGACUGUGACCUCUUCCUUGCCCCGCCCAUCCUCAAGGUCACCCAUCAAACUCACACCCGGACACGGUAGUGAUGCAGAGUCUGUCCGUACUGAGGACUUUGAACACUCUUUCAAGGAGAUGCUGGUACCCUCUGUAAAUCAGGUGGAGAGUGACCUUGACACAGCCAACACUGACCUUGCCUCGGACCCCAUACACAGCAAGGUCAAACAGCUCCUCAAAGCCACCGCAAAAUCGUCUCGGCGAAUUGUCACUCAUUACAAGAAAAGGAAAGAUCGAAUCGAGCCGAUUUCUAGCACAACCUCAAACUCAAUAUUGAAAACUCGAUCUCGGUCGACAGAAGACAAGCCCCGGUCAGAACAGAAGACAAAACAGCAUGUGAGAAUUUCCCCCCAGCCUCAGUAUCAGAGUGAGACCAAGGGAGACGAAUCUGACGACACUCUCUGCUCAGACAAGGAAGACAUGGUGCUUUCCCCUAGGAGCCAGGUGACAGUGUCCACCCGGCCAGAUGACGACACCCAUCGGGAGAUUGUGCGGGAGUCGGACCGUAUCCGGCGGGAGAUGGAGCGGGAAAGGCGGUCCAAGUCGUCAUCUCCAGAGCGGGAUGUCCAUCGGGACCGGUCACCCACACGCACCUACCUCUCCCUCACCAGUCAGCCAAAGAACCUGUAUGACAAGGGAGACAAGCCUAACGUUGCUGCCGUAGUUGGUGGUGGUGUUGGUGGUAGUACAUGUAGAGGUGGGGGCGCUAGCAAGAGCCUUUCAGAUGAGGAAAAGGAGCGCACUGCAGAGCUGCGCGCAACCCAGUCUGCCCUGGAUGUGACACAGUCUGCUCUGCUGGAGGCUCGUAAGGACCUGAAGGGCAUACAGGCCCAGUACGAGGAUGCCAGAACCCAACUGAUGUUGUCAGAGUACAAGAGGGAGACGUCAACAAAGGAGCUGGCUCGGCUGUCCGAUGAAGUUCGUCGGAAACAAAAUGAGACAAACCAGCUUGAAUCUCUCGCCUCACGAAGACGUGACGAACUCAAACAAUUUGAUGCCAUCGGCUUCACAAAGGAUGAGGCAAUGAAAAUAAUAGAGGAGAAUGAGAAGAUGAAGGGUCGUCUGCGGAACCUGGAUGCCGUGCACGCAGAGCGGGAUGAGCUCAUACAGCAGCUGGACUCGACCAAACAGGAGCUCUUUACAGAGCAGAAACGGGCGCGGGAACGUAUAGAGGAGCUGCAAGAGGAGAUAGAGAACACGACAAACAACUAUGAGCAGGGUCAGGGAGAGAGAGAGGACAUGGCCAAGAGACUCCAGAAACUCGAGACCGCAUACAAGAAGAUGGAGAGAGAAAAAAAUGAACUCAUACAGGGUUCUAAAGAUUCCAUUGAGAAGACUCGUCAGUAUGAGGAGGAACGUGACAGUCAUCGUCGGGAGAAGGCAGAUUGGCGGCAACGGGACAUGGAAGAUCUUGAUACUGCGAGAAACGAUCUUGUAAAGAUGACGGGCCGGGUGGCCGCCCUGCAGGAUGAGGUUCGAGCUAGGGAUGACCUUAACAACCAGCUCAGGGGUGAGAUGCAGGAUCUUGAACGCCAACUAGAGCAGGAGCGGACAAGCCGCUCUAGCAUUCUCGAGGAACACAAGAAAACACUACAGACUCUCCGCAAGGAAACUGAUGUUGCAAUGGUCCAGAUGCGUGAGUCUCUGUUCCUGGAGAAGCAGAAGACCGUGGACCAGAUGCGUGAAGAGCUUGAGCAGGAACGCCGUGACAUCGCUGUCCGCAGUGGGGACCGGUAUGAAGCCCGCAUUGCUGAACUUGAAACCAUUCUUAAGGCUAAGAACGAGGAGCUGUCUCACCUGAACAAGCUGGCAGACAAGUUGGAGGACGAUGUGUCUCGGACACGGGCCAGGAAGGAGGAGGAGAUUAAGGAGAAGGUAUCGGAGGCAAUAGCUAAGGAGAAGGCACAUGCUGAGAGUGAGCAGAUGUGGGCAGUGCAGCAGGAACGGGAGGCCCUGCAGGGGGAGCACCGUACCCAGAUAUCCUCCCUGACUGCCCAGCUAGACAACAUGAAGGACCAGCAGAGGGGCCUUGAGGCCAGGCUCAAGGAACAGAGACAGGAGCUGGAAGAUCUGAAGACGUCCAACAAGACAGUGAUGCACGAGAAACUCAUAGCAGUCGCUCGUGCCAAGGAGCUCAUGAGGCAGGAGCAUACUGCCGAGCUCGAACGUAUCAAGGAGCAGACGAAAAAUGAGCACAAGAAGGAGCUGGAUAAGCUAAGGGAGACAAUCCGUGCCCAGGAGGCGGAGUUACGGUCCCUGCGUGAGGAGAGGCUGCGGCAUGUGCGCACUCAGAAGGAAAGCUCCCUUAGCCUUGACCGCACAGAGAGAACCCUGGUCAAUGAGAUCAACGAGGAGUGCAGGAAGACUUCCGAGAUUCUCGGCCUCUCACCCAGGAAGGUGAACUUCUCCAGCUCUCAGGGCAGCUCAGUGAAGAACCCAACCACCUCAGCUCUGCAAGACAAGGGGAGCGAACUGUUUCUGUUUACACAAGCGCAGGAAGUCUGUCGCGCUAAUGAGUUUACAAUAGUAGCCUCUCCUCCUGUGGGGGAUAAGAACGUGCAGCAGUUCAUGAAAGAUGACAGGGUCCAGAAGAGCCGAGACUGGCCCACUGUGAAAGCCCAGUAUAGCUCUGAGAGGGCAAACUUGCGGGCAUGUAACGAGGAGCUACGACUUCACGUCAGCGGUCUACAGCACGAGCUCGACCUGCAGAAAAACACGAGUAGCGUGGUGGACCGAGAGAAGGUGCAGUUUCGAAUGGAGGAAGACAUUACAUCUCUGCCGUGUGAGUUUAGAAGGAUCUGGAACCGACUCUGGGAUAGAAAUGAUGAGGCUCUGGCGAACCUGCGACGACAGUUGGAACGAGAGAAGGAGGAGGAGAUGGCCAGACUCAAGGAGAGGCUUGUUAGGGGUCUUUCGACAAAUGAGUACAGAGGCAUGACAUACACACCUGACAAUGACAUAGCUGCUCGCCAGCAGGUUAAGUCUCCCCCAACAGAGCGGCAUCUCCGACAGGUGUCAGAGCAACAACAACACGACCUCCAAAGGCUGGAAAGGGAAAUAAACAAGCUGUCCAUUAACAACGGUGGUGGUGAGGAUGUGGAGUAUGCCAAGCGGCUGGCGCACCUGCAGGGGAAGGUGAGGCAGCUUCAGGAUGAGAACAACGCUCUGCGUCAUGCAAAACUGUCCACCAUCACCUCAUCUAGCCCAAACCUCACCACACCCAACUCGUACAACAACAUUGCCAACCACAGGAAGUUCACCAUGAGAUCCCCGUCACCAUCGCGGGACCAGCAGCGACUGGCCAGUGCCCUAGAGUUGCGUACGCGGGAACACGACUAUGAAACUGCAACACUUACGGAGCAUCAGCGACGUAACCGUGACAUCAUGUCACACAAGAUGGCCGAGAUGUCCAAACUACAAAACACACUCACAAAUCAGGCAAAGGAGCUGAUACAGUUGGAGAAGGCGUACACCCAGCUGAACCAGUCUGCCCUUGUUCCACGCCCACGCUCUGCCCUCAGAUAGUUUGAAGGGCUGUGACACCCAUCCAGGAACAAUUUUAUAAUAAUACCGGAUUUGACAGAGACUUGAUUUCAGUCAAGCAGAAAAAACAGACUGGGGUUUUUUCGAGGAGAAAUAUUUGAAAGAAAAAAGUAAUUCUGAAUUCAUGGCAUUUUGUAUUAAAUUGUUGGAAGAUGCUAAUGUGCUAAAGUGCUUUUUGGACAACAUGAUAUUAUUUUCUUACCCUGUCAUCAUGCUGUGCCUCCCAGUGAGAUUAGCAUGGGACUAUUUUUGUUUGCUGAAAAAAGUUACUCCUUUGUGAUACUUUUAAGUUCCAUAAGCUGCCAUUUGUUUAUUAGUUUCUGUGAUAUUUUAUGUUUACAUGUGUUAGACUAUAUGUAUAUCUUAGUAUUUAAUAUGUAUUACUUACAAUCCGAUCCAAGAUAUUGUGAUAUAUUGUUUAUAGAUGUACAUUUGUAGUCUGUCAGGUUAAAGAUUACUGACAUUUUCUGCUAGGGGAAAGUUAACCUAACCCUGUUACAUGACUUUGUGAGGCAUUUGAAAACCGAUAUAUCAGGGAAUGACGUCCCUGGACCUCAUGCGAAUGUCUUCAUGACAGCCCAUGCCUAUACAACACUCUUGAAUAGCUUGUCUCAUGACCAUGCUUCUAGAUUUUAUGUCAGUUUUGGUAUUGUUCAUGACAAUUUUAUGUACCUGAGGUAUAACUAUGGAUUAGGUUGCCUAUAUAUUUUAAAUUUUACACAAUAUAAUCAGAAUUGUUUUGUCAACACAUUCCGUCCACUGUAAAGGCUGUAUUACUCUGAUUGCCAGCAUUAUCUAGUUCUAUACAAAUAGUAGCUCAUGUAUGGGAUUUCACUCACAGUCUUGCAUUUUUAACGGGGUUCAAGCACUACAUUAUUGUCCAAUUUUUGUAUACAAUAAUUUUGUCAAGUCAUAUUAACAAAUAAACUUUAUGUAAGAUUAUAA